AUGAUUGAGCCACGCCAGGAUAUUGCAAAUGGCUUCUAUUACGUCAAUACUACGCAAUUUGAGAGGCAAGAAAGUAGCAGCGAGGAAUCUAAUAGUAAUUCUGAUGAGAAUGUGGAGGGAAGCAAAGAGGGACUAGAUUCCGAAUUGGAGUCUGGUGAAGAUUACGAUGAGCCUCCUGGUGGAGGUGAUGGACAGGGAGGAGGGUUGUUGGGUUUACUAGCAGGGCUCAGCGGUGGAGAAGAUGGGCAAUCAGACUUGGGUUCAUUAUUAGCUACAGUUAGCGGCAUUAUAGCAAAUCUAAGCGGCGAUGGCAUCGAUCUAAAUGCUCUCAUAGCUUCUGGAAUCGGACUUUUUGUUGGAUUGUUGUCCGAAGGUGAUCAAAACCCCGGUGCGGUGGUUGCCAGUUACCUACUAACCUCUUUGGACACUAUCACAGGAGGCGGCGCGCAAAAUAAUGGCGCCUUUUUCGGGAACUUUUUAUCGAAAUUGGUGAAAGGAACAAGUGCCGGUGGCGAUCCGGAUGCUAGUUCAGAAGAAGAUGGCACUCCACCAAUGAAAGAUUCAGCUGGUUUUUUCUCAAGUUUGCUCAUGGCUCUCUUAGGAGAUAUGUCAAAAGGAUCCAGUAGCUCAAACUCAUGGGGAAGGCAGCAUUAUUAAAAAGCCAAAGAAUG